UUUUGGCAGAUUUUACUUCUGCUGUUUAACUUUUCUGUCAAGUCCAAUGAAUUGAUCUCUUAAUAUUUUAGCAUUCCGCUAGUGGAUUUUAGCGAGAGGAUCAUUUUUACGACUAAUAAACGAGUGCCGAACUACGACAGUCAUGCUUGUACUAGUUCUUGGUGACUUACACAUUCCGCAUCGAUGCAGCAGCCUGCCAAGUAAGUUCAAGAAACUUCUUGUACCCGGCAGGAUACAACACAUAUUGUGCACUGGGAAUCUUUGUACAAAAGAGUCUUAUGAUUAUUUAAAAACCUUGGCAAGUGAUGUUCACAUUGUGAGGGGAGACUUUGAUGAGAAUCUAAAUUAUCCAGAGCAAAAAGUCGUCACAGUAGGACAAUUCAGAAUAGGAUUAUCUCAUGGCCAUCAAGUAGUCCCAUGGGGUGAUCCAGAAGCAUUGGCUUUGAUCCAGAGACAACUAGACGUUGAUAUUUUGAUAACUGGUCACACACACAAGUUUGAAGCUUAUGAGCAUGAAAAUAAGUUUUACAUUAAUCCUGGAUCAGCAACUGGAGCAUACAAUCCACUUGACACAUCUGUCACUCCUUCAUUUGUUUUAAUGGACAUUCAAAGUUCUACUGUUGUUACGUACGUCUAUCAAUUAGUUGGUGAUGAAGUGAAGGUUGAACGAAUUGAGUACAAGAAAAGUUAAUAAUCAUCUCAAGAUCAACUUAUUGAAUCUUCAAUAUAUAUGUAAAAUAUACAUACAUAUUUACUUUUUUUUUUACUUGCAUACAUGCUACACGUACAUAUACAGCAAACAAAGUUUUAUGAAAAUAUGCACAUUAUUAUAUAUAUGAUUACUUUUAUGAUCAAGUGUGAAUCUGCUUACUUUGUAAGACGAUAAAUGAGAUUUUUACAUGACGCGCUUAGGCGUUACAAUUGUAAAUAAAAUUAUUCGCUCAUAAUUUUAUCUUACGGAAUUUUUAAUAAAAAUUUCAAUUCUUA